AUGUCUGGCCCUCGACCAAAUGCCUGUAUGAACCCCAUCAUUCCCGGUUGGAACCCGGAUCCAAGUUGCAUUUGCGUUCCAGAACUUGGAAACACGUUUUUUUGCGUUGUCUAUUCAUUUUCCAUCUUUCCAGGUCUCCCCCUCUACGGAAGCAAGGACCUCAUCCACUGGAAACUUGUCUGCAACAUCAUCAACCGCCGUGAACAGGUACCUGAAAUCGGCACCGACAGAGCUCAAGAUAAUGGCAUCUUUGCGCCAACUAUACGAUAUCACGAUGGAAGGUUCUUUGUCAUUGUCGAAUAUGUCACGGUAGAAGAUCCGCCGACCGGAUUUGGUCUCGUCUUCUCGGCGUUGGACCCUUUUGAUCCUCUGUCGUGGGGCAAUCCCGUCAUCUUUAGGGAACCCAAAGGUAUCCUCGAUCCCGAUCUCUUCUGGGAUGACGAUGGCCAGGUAUACAUCCAAGCUGGCUCUUUUGACCAGGUCAUUGUACAGUUUAACCUCGACCUGGAAACGGGAAUCUCAGGACCCGUAAAGAACAUAUGGAAUGGAACAGGAGGCAUCGCGCCCGAAGGACCUCAUUUGUAUAAGAAAGACGGGUACUACUACCUCUUGAUCGCGGAAGGUGGAACUGAUCUCCCUCAUUGUGUCAACAUCGCCCGUGCGACCCAACCAGAUGGUCCUUUUGUUCCAUAUGAAGCGAACCCAAUCUUGACAAACCGCAACACUGCAGAGUAUUUCCAGACUGUUGGUCACGCAGAUCUAUUCCAAGAUCCUGAAGGAAACUGGUGGGGAGUGGCUCUUUCUACUCGGUCUGGCCCUGAAUAUCGUCACUACCCGAUGGGAAGGGAAACGAUCUUGUUUUCAGUGGUUUGGGCUGAGAAUGACUGGCCUCGCUUGACCUCUGUUAAGGGGAGGUUGAGUGCACCAGCAUUCUUACCCCAACGGCUUGAUAUGCCCGGUACCGGUCAUUGGCAUCAUGAAGAUGAGCUAUUGGAAUUUCCGCCAAAAUCCCCUUUGCCCCUUCACCUUGUUCACUGGAGAUUUCCGCCGGUAAAUUAUAUCAGUACAUCACCCACUGGUCAGACCCAUGGUCUGCAACUACGGCCAUCAAGAUCGACACUUACAGGUUCAUAUGGAAACAUUAGUACCAACGGAGUGACGCUCGUAGCGCGUCGCCAAACUUCGACUUUGUUUGUUUUCGAAAUUGAUGUGAAAGUACCAUCGAAUUUCCCCAAAGGAGUGGAGGUCGGCGCAACCACUUUUGUGAAUGAGUGGCAAAACGUAGCUAUGAGUCUUACAUCACUCCAGGGAGCUGGAAGUAACUCCGUUGUUCCGAGGGAUGGUCUGUACAUCAAAUUUCAGGUCAACGGCAAGGGUGCAGAGCCACCUCAGGAGCACCUUGACUUCAUAGCGUUGCCGGUCGAAUGGGCAAAUAUUCAACAUAUUAGGUUCCGCAUCCAGGCGACAGACUAUGCUUCGUACUGGUUCUCAACAUGCCCUUCUAAUAAUGAGAACCUGGAUCGAUCAGUUCCCACAGUGAUUAGAAUGGUGGAUAAUGCAACCUUGAGCGGUGGAACAGGACGUUGGUCCGGGUGCUUGCUAGGCGCUUUUGCGACCAGUAAUGGAAUGGAGAGCGAGAUCGUAUUCGCAGUGGAGAAGUGGCAAUACAAGAAUAAUGGCCAGGUAAUCGAGUAG